UUAAAUACGUCAUUGUUUCGUAAUGAGUGGAAUAUCCGGCACUAACGUCGUCCAGGUGACUAAUCUGUCGUCAACGGUGAGCAGCGAGCAAAUGCGCACUCUCUUCGGCUUCCUGGGGGACAUCGAGGAGCUUCGGCUCUACCCACCCGACAACUCCACUCUAACCUUCUCGUCCAAAGUGUGCUAUGUCAAGUAUCGAGAAUCUUCCAGCGUUGGAGUGGCGCAGCAUCUCACUAAUACUGUUUUUAUGGACAGAGCCCUCAUAGUUGUGCCAUGUGCCGAAGGGAAGAUUCCGGAAGAGGCCAAGGCCUUGUCGCUUUUGGCACCUGUUGCUCCCGUGCACAACCUGCUCCACGGCAGGGGGCUGCUCCCCAUCCCGGCGCCCAGCCCACGACAGAAUUUGAACCUGCCCCUGGUUGGUCACUUAACCCCCACCCCGGAGCCUGCAGUCUCCUCGCUCCAGCAGACCCCCCUCAUGGGCAACGUGGACCCGUCCAAGGUGGAUGAGAUCAGGAGGACGGUCUACGUAGGCAAUUUGAACUCACAGACCACAACGGCGGAGCAGCUACUGGAAUUCUUCCAGCAGGUGGGCGACGUGAAGUUUGUGCGGAUGGCGGGUGACGAGACGCAGCCCUCGCGCUUUGCCUUUGUGGAGUUCGUGGAGCAGGACGCCGUCGCCCGGGCGCUCUCCUUCAACGGCGUCAUGUUCGGAGACCGGGCCCUCAAGGUGAACCACUCCAACAACGCUAUUGUGAAGCCGCCCGAGAUGACGCCGCAGGCUGCCGCCAAGCAGCUGGAGAGUGUGAUGAAGCGCGUUCGGGAGGCGCAGUCUACCAUCGCCGCCGCCAUCGAGCCAGCGGAGAAAGAGAAACACUACGCCGCUCAUUCGGAGAGAACACGACGGCCAUCACGAUCCCGCUCUGGCUCACGCAAAAGAUCACGCUCCAAACACGGACCGCCGCAGAAGUGGCAGAAGAAUGACACACGCACUUCCCGAAGUGGCCACAGGAAGCGCUCACGCUCCAGAGACAGGCGGCGAAGCACGAGCCGCUCCAGGAUCCGCCGGCGGAGUCGAGGGCGAUCUCGGAGUCCUCCUAGAAGGGGCAGGUCGCCCUCCCCAAAGAGAAUUAAAAAGCGGCGGGAACGCAGCCGGGACGAAUUGGAACCGUCUUCAUCGAGAAAAAGAAGCCGUAAAGAUGAAGAGCGGCCGAGAGGCAAGAAAAUGCACAAGGUGGGACGGGACUACGACAGAGAGGUCUCACCCGCCGAGGACGCCCACUCGCCCUCCUUCACGCAGCACAACGGCGUCCACAAAGCGCGCAGCGACGACGCGUCCAUUUGACGCUGCCCGACUGACUGACUGACUUAAGUUGUCACUCCCCCCCCCGCCGAGAGGGCAAGUGAAGCGCCACAAUGUCCAAUUUUUGCAUCUCGCAAAUAGCGGUUACGUGUCGUGUUAAGCACGGGCAUAUGCUCCCAAAAUUGGUUAACGGUGAGCCUCACUUGCCCGUUAUGGCAGCGUGAAAGGAAGGAAACGCCCGAUGUUUCCUGCACGAGUAGCGACGUUUACAAGGAGGCUUCAUUUCGUUUUUUAUGUUUUUGUGGCCACGCUUGCUGUUUUUAGUCCCUAUUGUGUUGCGCAGCUGUGAAAGUUAAACGUGUGGGUAGGGUGGGAAAAAAAAGAGGAAGCUGAUGAACCUUGAACCCCAGUUUGGGUUUUUGUCUCCCGCCAUGGACAAGCAACCUGGCGAAUCAACUUGGGCUCUCCCACGUUCCAUGUCAGCACCUUUCAUGCACUACAGCUUACUUCAGGUGUAAAAAUCACACUUAAAAACAGCCAACGUCCCACCUAUGUUAUUUUAACUAUGAUGCCACACUGGCAAUUGAUGGGUCGACUUUUACUUCCUGUUUGUGUCAUUACAUUUCACACCGAUUAACAACGCUGUGAAAAAACAGCAUUGAUAAUCAGUGCGAAAAUGGUUUCUGAUGUUAAAAUGCAAAUACUGCCUCCGUCCAGUCUCUGAUGCUAAGCCGGCUCCCCCCCCCCCCCUUAAAAAAAAGUGGACGAACAAGCAAGUGACGCGGAGAACAUCAAGUGCCUACGCUGCCAUUGUACAAAAUAUUGGAGAAGUUUAUUUGCAUGGUUAGCGCUAGCAUCGGUAACUGAAUACAAUAUUGAGUUAAAAGUCAACAAAUUGAUUUUGUUCUAUUUUUUUAAAAGAGAGCACUGGUAUUAUUGUACAUUUGUUUCAUGUACACAAGCUUCUGUUUGAUGUGUCGUUUUAGUAAAAAAAUAUAUAUAUACAAUUUUAAA